CAGCAGUUUAAGCUCCUCCCACUCCUGGUGUCGGCAUAUGCUCUGUCCUCCACUGGGGUUGCCAUGAUGAUGAUGUUUGUCCAGGUCAGAGGUCAGAUCGAGGAAGGAAACCUAGAUUCGUUGCCUGAUCUCCAUGCUACCAGUGCAGGCCUCAAGGCCAUUUCUGCCGAAAUCUCCAACAACGGAAUUGAGGUGUGUCGGAUGGCAUGUGGUGGUCAUGGUUACUCGCAGGCCAGCGGUUUACCUCAUCUCUAUGUCAACUAUGUUCCAGCCAAUACCUAUGAGGGAGAGAACACUGUUCUAUUCCUUCAGACUGCAAGAUACCUGAACAAGCUGUACUCCAGUGGUCAGCCAAUGUCAGCCCUCCCUACCAACGUCUGUUACCUAGCAACAGACUACCCAGGCCACGCCUCCUGCGGAGUGCGGUCGGUGGACCAACUAUCAGACCCUCAUCUUCAGUUGGAGGCGUUCCGUCAGCGAGCCCGGAGGAUGGUGGGCGUGGCUAGCUCCGCCUACCAACGGGCUCUGGGGCGUGGCCUCACACAGCCUCAGGCGUGGAACUCCACCACAGUGGAUUGGACUGUGGCCGCCAAGGCUCACUGUUACUACGUUGUCCUGAAGUCGUUCAAUGAUGCAAUCGAGGCAAAGGGGCUGUCCCCAGCCAACGAUGUCAUAAUGAGAAAGCUGUGUUCGCUGUAUGCCAUGUACUGGAUGGUGCAGAGCAGUGGAGAGUUUAUGACUGAUGGCUAUAUGACUCCCUACCAUAUUUCGCUGGCCCGCUCUCUCCUCUACUCCCUGUUAGCGGAGGUCAGGAAAGAGGCAGUUCCGCUAGUUGACGCCUUCGACGUCCCAGACGAGAUACUGAACUCCGCCCUCGGUCGCUAUGACGGCGAUGUGUACACUCACCUCUACCAGUGGGCCCAGAGAGCUCCUCGCAACAAGAAGAAGGUCCAUGAUGUGUACCACAAGUACUUCAAGAAACUGCUAAAGCCUAAAUUAUGAAAAUCCUUUGUAUUGGCCACGCCUCAAACAUAACAAAAGCAUGAAUAAUACUACCUACGCAGCAAGCUAAUUCGGAAGUGUCAUGAAUAACAACACGGUGCGGGGACGUGCGGUUGUGAGUACACAAGAGAGGAGUCGAUGGCUCGCACCGUUUAUACAGCCCCAGUUACAGCCCUAAGUAUAUACCAAUUAUGU